AUGCAGCACCACAUCAACCAAUCCUUUGCGCUGGUGCUUUCAUCAGUGGCGGCCCAUGUCGCUUUAUCAGAGAUCCUUAUCAGCCCAGGCACCGAACAUCCCAGACAUCCCACCUUUUGGCCCGAACCGGUUUGUCGAGUGGGAAAACAGAACCCGUCACGACAUCCUAUCCACGCCUAUCGUAAUUCUCGAAGCCUCGGAUCGGGGUAUCAUCCUACACAUGCCACGGCCACCACGGCCACCAUGGCCACCUGGGUCAACUCUCUUCAUCCCGUUGAGCCUGGUGCCUUGAUCAGAAAGGCUGCCGAGUGGAUCGCUUCUACACGCAGACCGCUGUGUCGCGGACAUCCCAAUCGAGGAGAGUUUCACCCUCUCCCGCAACCUUCGGCUUCAAUCACGUCAGUCAAAACCUUCCAAGGUUGCUGGGAACGGACGCUGACUGCUCUUUGUAACAUAACACAUGCCACCAUAGAAAUCUGUCAAACAGCUUUUGCGUGA